GCGUCAUCGUGUUUUCCAGGAGAGUCCUGACGCGGUGACUGUCAGCUCCAUUUUGCUGCCGGAGCUCGCAGCAGCCAGCUGCGUUUUCUCCGUGGUCGCGUCGCAAGCAUUGUCUCCUUAGGCUUGGACUCUUUUCCAGGACGAUGAGACACUCAAAGAGAACUUAUUGUCCUGAUUGGGAUGAAAAAGAUUGGGAUUAUGGAAAAUGGAGGAGCAGCAGCGGCAGUCAUAAAAGGAGGAGGAGAUCACAUAGCAGUGCACGGGAGAACAAGCGCUGCAGAUUCAAUUACUCUAAAACAUCUGAUAGCUAUUAUCUGGAAAGCAGAUCCAUAAAUGGGAAGGAUUAUCAUAGUCGACGCUACAUUGAUGAAUACAGAAAUGACUACAGUCAAGGAUGUGAACCUGGACAUCGUCAUAGAGAUCAUGAAAGCAGAUAUCAGAACCAUAGUAGCAAGUCCUCUGGUAGAAGUGGAAGAAGUAGUUAUAAAAGCAAACACAGAAUUCACCACAGCACUUCAUAUCAUCGUUCACAUGGGAAGAGUCACCGAAGGAAAAGAACCAGGAGUGUAGAGGAUGAUGAGGAGGGUCACCUGAUCUGUCAGAGUGGAGACGUACUAAGUGCAAGAUAUGAAAUUGUAGAUACUUUAGGUGAAGGAGCUUUUGGGAAAGUCAUGGAGUGCAUUGAUCAUAAAGCGGGAGGUAGACAUGUAGCAGUAAAAAUAGUUAAAAAUGUGGAUAGAUAUUGUGAAGCUGCUCGCUCAGAAAUACAAGUUCUGGAACACUUAAAUACAACAGACCCCAGCAGAACAUUCCGCUGUGUUGAGAUGUUGGAGUGGUUUGAACAUCAUGGUCAUGUCUGCAUUGUGUUUGAACUACUAGGACUUAGUACUUAUGACUUCAUUAAGGAAAAUGGUUUUCUGCCCUUUCGACUGGAUCAUAUCAGGAAGAUGGCAUAUCAGAUAUGCAAGUCUGUGAAUUUUCUGCACAGUAAUAAGUUGACUCACACAGACUUAAAGCCUGAAAACAUCUUAUUUGUACAGUCUGACUACACAGAGGCAUAUAAUCCCAAAAUGAAACGUGAUGAACGUACUUUAAUAAAUCCAGAUGUUAAAGUUGUAGACUUUGGAAGUGCAACAUAUGAUGAUGAACAUCACAGUACAUUGGUAUCUACAAGACACUAUAGGGCACCUGAAGUUAUUUUAGCCCUAGGAUGGUCCCAGCCAUGUGAUGUCUGGAGUAUAGGAUGUAUUCUUAUUGAAUAUUACCUUGGGUUUACAGUAUUUCCAACACACGAUAGUAAGGAACAUUUGGCAAUGAUGGAAAGGAUUCUUGGACCUUUGCCAAAACAUAUGAUACAGAAAACCAGGAAACGUAAAUAUUUCCAUCAUGAUCGAUUAGACUGGGAUGAACAUAGUUCUGCUGGCAGAUAUGUUUCAAGGCGCUGUAAACCUCUGAAGGAAUUUAUGCUUUCUCAAGAUGCUGAACAUGAGCUUCUCUUUGACCUCAUUCAGAAAAUGUUGGAGUAUGAUCCAGCUAAAAGGAUUACUCUUAAAGAAGCCUUAAAGCAUCCUUUCUUUUACCCCCUUAAAAAAAGUAUAUAAAUCUAUAAUUGUAUAGCUCCCUUAAGAGAUCAUAUGGACUGUAUCAGUCUAAUUUUUAAAUUUAAGUUAUUUUGUACAGCUUUUGUAAAUUUACAUUUUUGUAUUGCCAUGUUUAUUUUGUUUGGGUAACUCGAUUUAAGUAAAUAUUAGCUAAGUAAAGUAAUGAACAUCUUUCAGUAAUUACAAAAUGAUUUAUUCAGAAUAAAUUUUUGUACUUACAAAAUUUAUAUGAAUCUGUAUAGUUUGUUUUUAGCACCAUUUUUGUUCUACCUGUUAUUGUAAGAAUGGAUGUGUAUCUCUUCCUGGAGUUUUCCUUAAGUCUUUGGAAAUGUUUAGCUUUGUUUGCAUUUUAGGGGUUGCCAGCAUUGGGAGUUACGCCUUCCUUCUCUAAACCAAAUGCAAUGAAACCAGGUUAUAGCAUACAAAGAACUAGAGAUGAGCCAAGAGAAUUGUUUGCUCCCUUUAUUCCCAAAUUUAAUAUUGCUGCUUUCUUGUCACCCUCAGUGGGAUUCCACAAAUGGCUUAAGUUAGUGGGGAAUUUAGGAUUCUACACAGUUGGCUUUUUUUUUUUAAAGACUUUUUUAGAGUAGUUAUAGAUUCACAGCAAAAUUGAGAGGAAGGUGCAGAGAUUUCCAGUAUACUUCUUGCUCCACACAUGUAUAGCCUCCCGCAUUAUCCACAUCCCUCAUGUAUUUAGGAUUAUAGGAUACAGAGAGUUUUCACUGCUCUAAAACUCUGCUCUGUUCAUCCUUCUCACCUCCAACCUCUGGCAACCACUGAUAUUUUUACUGUCCUUAGUUUUGCCUUUCCUAGACUGUCAUAGUUGGCGUCGUAUAGUAUGUAGUCUUUUCAGAUUGGCUUUCACUUUUUGAGUAAUGUGCAUUGAAGGUUCCUCUGUGUUUCCAUAGCUUAAUAGCUCAUUUCUUUUUAGCUUACAAUUUAUUUUUUUUAAUUUAUUAUGUUUUAUUUUGGCUGCACCAGUUCUUAGUUGUGGCAUGCAAAUGUCUUAGUUGCUGCAUGUAGGCUUCUUAGUUGCUGCAUGUAUGCGGGAUAUAGUUCCUUGGCCAGGGAUGGAACACGGGCCCCCCUGCGUUGGGAGCAUGGAAUCUUACCCACUGGACCACCAGGGAAGUCCCCAGUUAAUUUUUUAAAUUCUGAAAGACACUGCAAGAUCUAAACUUUGGGUAGUGCUCCCCACAUGCAAACACCUGGUCAGGAACCCAGUAGAAGAGCCCUCUUUGUAGGAAGCAUUGCAACAGUAGAGUUGUGUGGUACGGAUAUAGUUUUACUGCAGUUUUUAAAAUUAUACAUGGCAUAUCCUUGUUAAUAAUGUAAUGGAAAUUACAAACGUACGUAAUCAAAUUAAAAAAAUAAAAAUUCUGAAUUUAAGUAUCCUAAAACCACAUAAAAUGGAAACUUUCACUCAUUUACAUGGUAACACUAAUAAAGACUUAGCAGCAUUACUACCUAAUGCUGUUUUAUCCUAGUUCUUUCUGGAACAUUCCAUUUUAGUCUCUGUGCAGUUCACAAUUGUCUAUCAUAAAUAUCUUUUACAAAAAGAACCUGUAUGAGCAUAUAUUUUCCAAGGUGGUUUGUACCUAUUACAAAAUAGAUGUGUACCAGAGAGGGCCAUCAAGAACUAAAGCAUUCUGGUUGCAAAUAAUAAACAUCUGUUCUCUAAGA